UAAACUUGGGCAACUUCUAUGACAAGAAGCAAACGUCACAACGAUUCACUUUGGUUGGCUGUACGGCACACCUUUGUCUCCGCCUCGUCUCUUUGAUCGAACCAAUCGCUUCGGAUUCAUUCUUCCUGUUGUCUUAAGCAAAGCCGUCCAAAAAAAGUCCUCCGGACCAAUCAGUGGGUAGGAUGGGUGGGCAGCUUGAAGUUUCAUGGUUCCCUCCCUUUAAAAAGUCAGAUUCAGGUUGCUGUUGUCUCACAUGCAGCUACAGGAGCAGGACAUGAGAACAGUCUGGUUCGUUGAUGCAGCUUACACUCACAGAGACUGCGAAGAGAUCGCUGGCAGGUUUCCACAUGUGUGGAAGAAGAAGAAGCACUGUGGCGAUCCAAAGUGCUGAUUACUCACCCAUUUUGGCUUGGCGCGUUCGGAUGUGACAAAGUAGAAAGCUGAUAACUGUUGCAGGAGAAGAACAACAUAGCAGAAGGCCGGAGAAACACACAACGUAACAGAGGGAGUUCCUGAAGACGAAACAAAACGGGAGAGGAAAACUGUGUGAGAGACGCAGAGGGGGAGCGGAGAGGUAUUUCGAAGGAGAGAGAAGCGCUGGAGAUAUUCAGAGAAGGAGUGAAGGAUAGAGAGUCACAUCAAGGAGAGAGAAGACAGGAGAAAAAACGUGGCCAAGCAUGAGAGAGGAGGAGCAGUCUAAUGAUGACCACCCUGAGGGAGGGGUGGUUUCCAGCGAGGAGAACACGGGAAGACCACCUUCUAACGCCUGUCCUGUUGUCGUAGCGACACCGGGGGUCACCGGGCGUAAACGGCAGACGGAGGAUCACGUUACGACGGUUACUCCGACUACAUCGGCACACGAUGGCAAGGUGAAGCCAGUGGAGGACAUACAGAUCUACACCCUGACUGAACCCAAAAGACUCAAGAGGAGCCCUCAACAUCGGCCGCCUUCCUCAGGCCCGUCCCUUUCUCCCGGCUCCGGUCCCAGUCCUGGAGAUCUCGAAUCCCUCGAGGACCCGCACGGCCAGCGGGUGAUCGCCAACAUCCGGGAGCGCCAGCGGACGCAAUCUCUGAACGACGCCUUCUCCUCGUUGCGUAAGAUAAUCCCAACGCUCCCCUCUGACAAACUGAGCAAGAUCCAGACCCUUAAAUUGGCGUCACGCUACAUUGACUUUCUGUACCAGGUUCUGGAGAAUGACGAGAUGGACGCUAAGCUGGCUGGAUGUAACUACCUGGCCCACGAGAGGCUGAGCUACGCCUUCUCUGUGUGGAGGAUGGAGGGGGCCUGGUCGACCAUGUCUGCUGGUCACUAGCCCGGCCUGAAAGUCAAGGUUCGUCUUUUGACUGUUGCCCUAUAAGGUAUGACGAAUUCCACAUGACGGGGAAAUAUUCUUACUUGACACAGAGGUGCUGAGGAGACGUCUGAACUGUUUCUGCUCACCAGCGGACUUUUUAACACCUCUACUUAGAUCAUCGCUUUGCCUCAAUGAUGAUCAUGAGCAUUUGGACAGAGCUGAUUUUUAAGCCACUAUCCCUACAUAAAGUUUUCAUCGUUGUCAAGCUACAUAUCAGAUUGAUUGUUAUUGUUAUUUGCUUGCCAAAAGCAGCUGUUACUGAUCAAGUGUGUCAAUGCUAGUGUUCAAGAAAAGAAUCAUAACAGGGACAUUGUGCUCAGUUUAAGAUUGCUAUUUUUUUUUUACGACAUUUGUACUCUGUUUACAUAGAUCACAUUGGAGGACAGGACAGGUGACAGAUAAAAACAUCUGGAACAUCAUUCAACAUUCAUUAAAUUCAACAACCUGAUGGUCAAGGAUGACUGGUUCUUAAAUGUUGCCUCCACAUGACAGCAUCGACUUUCUUGAAGCUUGACCUCUGGUUUCAUCCUCAUCAUCACCCUUGAAUUUAUCACCAUAACUGCCAUCAGUAUCAUCAUCAUCAUUACUAUCGUCAUCGUCAUUAGGUAUGCAUACUUUGAGCCAUAUUUGAACUUCAUAUUUUUAUUGAACUAUUUCUGCCUUGGACUAUAAACUUUUGUAUAAUAUUUAAAAGAGCAAGAAGUAGAGAAUGCAGAGGAGGGAUUCGAGUAAAGUCAGAACUGGGAUGCUUCAAGAGAGAUUGGACAUUUGACUUUUCCGUACCCUUUCAACUCCUUUUCCUCUGAGACUGACAUGUCAUGAAUCCCUGACCACCUCUGAACACAAGCGACGGUGGAAAAAGUAGCCGCGGGGCAGCCGUCGUCCUGACUUGAGUUUCUCCUCUUUAUACCAAAAACCAAGCCCCUUUGUUUCUUCUUGUGCCAAAAAAAACCUCUCCUCUUGAAAUUCUUUCCUCUCAUUCUGGCCCAAAUUUGCUUGCGUUGCACGAAGCCGUGAUGCAGCUACGGCGAGCUGACGAGGAGGCGUAAUGAAAACAAACGGUCUCGAAAAGCCAUGAAUCACGUGUGUCCACCAUCAAAGGGGAGGCUGAUGUGGCGCUCCGCUGGGCUCCCAUAAACCACUGGAAGUGAUGGAGGAGCUGCUGAAUAAAGUGACUGUGAUCCUCCCUGUACAUCUCUGCUCCAUGCUACCAUUACUGCCAUUCUAAUCAUAUGGACUUUGAUGCAAAUGGCACUUUUGUUGGAGAAAAGGACUGUUUAAGAAUAUUUCCGACAUGGGAAAAGAGGACAUUUCUGGACCAACUAAACCAACAAAGAACUUUUAUUUACUGAGAAAUACAGAAGUUGACAAUACAAGUCCAGUUGGACCAGUAUUUGUGUUCAGUUGUUUUGUUUCAUACUAUUUUCCCCUGGAUGUUCUUCUCAGUAACAUAUAAUAGCUGUCACUGUAAGAGACUUCAAUCUCAGACAGUGAUCAGUGUGUUUGUCUCUUGUACACCAGUUUACAGGCUUUGCUUCUUCUUUUUUUAAGGACAAUUUACUUGAAGUAUAUACAGAAUGGUGCUUUACAAAAAUAAGAUACUGUUAUAGUAUGACUGAUUCUGAUUAUCACAGAAAAGCAGAAAAGUCCCUAGAGAAUUCGAUGUAGUAAUACUGCACAUGAGUCAUUAUUUGUCUGAGAAAAUAAAGCUGUCUUCAAACUAUU